AAAUGUUUGUGUGACUGUAUGGCUGUACUUUUCUAUGUAUAUUUUUGUUAUGUUGUGUAAUUUUUAUUCUCGGCUAAACAGAGGUAUCGCCAUAAGAAAAGAAAAACAUUCAAAUUAUUGUUUCGUUAGAAGUUGAAUUCUCCGGUUGAUCAAAAGAAAAAAUACCGACACCAUGGUUGAUGCUGCUGUACUUGAAAAAUUGGAAGCUGGAUUUGCUAAAUUAGCUGCAUCCGAUUCCAAAUCAUUAUUGAAAAAGCAUUUAACUAAGGAAGUCUUCGAUAAAUUGAAGAAUUUAAAAACACCAACUUUUGGUUCAACUCUUUUGGAUUGUAUUCAAUCUGGUGUUGAAAAUCUUGACUCCGGUUUUGGUAUUUAUGCUCCAGAUGCUGAAGCUUAUUCAACAUUCUCUGAAAUCUUUGAUCCAAUGAUUGAAGAUUACCAUACCGGUUUCAAAAAAACCGAUAAACAUCCACCAAAAGAAUUUGGUGAUGUUAAUGCAUUUGGUAAUCUUGAUCCCACCGGUGAAUUUGUUGUAUCAACUCGUGUACGUUGCGGUCGUUCAAUGGAAGGUUAUCCAUUCAAUCCAUGUUUAACUGAAGCUCAAUAUAAAGAAAUGGAAGCAAAAGUAUCAAGCACUUUAGCUGGUUUAGAAGGUGAAUUAAAGGGUAAAUUUUAUCCAUUGACUGGUAUGGAAAAAUCUGUUCAACAACAAUUGAUCGAUGAUCACUUCUUAUUCAAAGAAGGUGAUCGUUUCUUACAAGCUGCUAAUGCAUGCCGUUUCUGGCCAAGCGGUCGUGGUAUUUACCAUAAUGAUGCCAAAACAUUCUUGAUCUGGUGUAAUGAAGAAGAUCAUUUACGUAUUAUCUCAAUGCAAAUGGGUGGUGAUUUAGGUCAAGUAUAUCGUCGUUUAGUUACAGCUGUUAAUGAUAUUGAAAAACGUAUUCCAUUCAGUCAUCACGAUCGUCUUGGUUUCUUGACUUUCUGUCCAACCAAUUUAGGUACAACCAUUCGUGCCUCAGUACAUAUUAAAGUACCAAAAUUGGCUGCCAACAAAGCUAAAUUGGAAGAAGUUGCCGGUAAAUACAAUUUACAAGUCCGUGGUACACGCGGUGAACACACAGAAGCUGAAGGCGGUAUUUAUGAUAUUUCAAAUAAACGUCGUAUGGGCCUUACUGAAUUCCAAGCUGUAAAGGAAAUGUACGAUGGCAUUUCUGAAAUCAUUAAGCUAGAAAAGAGCUUGUAAAUUUUUUUUUAUUAAUUUUCACAAAAAUGUUUAUGUUAAGAUCUGAUUCAUCAAAAGUGAAAAGUGUUUUCCGUUUUUUUUUUUUUUAGUUCUUGAUUUUUUAAUAAAUCAAAAAAAAAUUCUUGCAUUGAAGGCAUCUUUAUUAUUAUAAGAUUUACAUGUAUUUAAUUUAUUUUAAUAAUUUUAUUCAAAUUAAAAAUACUGUAUUUGUUCUGCAAACAUUGAAAGAAAAAAAUAACCACACAAGUUGAAAAAUAAAGCAGAAGAUAUUUCUGAACAUCAUACAAAAAUAAUUGUUACAAAUAAACUGAAAACGAAAUAAAAUUAA